AAUUUUGCAAAAUCAUUUUAAAUUAUUCUUUUAUAUAUAAUGAGCGCACUACAUGAAUAUUUCCUGAAAAUCUAUACUAUUUUUAAUAGAAAUCAAAUUUAAAGUUUGAAUUUUUAGAACCGCGCCAAAAACGCUAUUCCUUUGAUGGCGCCGGCAGAUGACGUCUGUGACGUCACACGCCAGUAAACACGAUCACGAGCUGUCAGCCGAAGUUAAUUUCAUUAUUGUGCUUGAUUUUGCUAUAAAAUCAUAGAUAAAAUGGUCUAUAAAUGGUGUGUAGUGCCAAAAUGUACGAAUACGUGUAUAAAUAGUCCACAAACAUUGUUUGUUUCUGUUCCAACCGAUUGUAAAAGACGAAAAAAGUGGUUACUAUUAGCUCGGAGAGACCCAAAGGGCAUUUCAUCGACUUCAAAUGUAUUUAUGUGUGAAGAUCACUUCGAUGUAAGUAUAAAUUGAAUAUGUUAUCUACUAGGUAGCUUAAAUUACCGCUUUUUUUAAGAUUGAAAUAAUAUAUAACUAUCUAUAACCUCAAAUGUAUCUUUGGUUAUGUUGAGGAUAAGUCAGUGUUGACGAUCAAAGAUCCUGUUUAUUAACCCUAAACUUAUUACUCUGUAGGGUUUCAAAAUGUUUUCUGUUGUUUUGAUUAUAUUAGCUACCUACAUAUCUCAAUAAUUUUCUAUGCUGUGUCAUUUUACCUACUUUGCUUAUUAGAUAGUGAUAGUUAUGUUGAAUUGCAGAUGGAAAAAGACACCAUUAACUACAUGCAGUACAAAAUUGGUUUCAGCAAGAAGAUACUUUUGACAGAAGAUGCUGUGCCAACAAAAUUUCAUUAUCAAGAAGAUCGUAAAAGACCACUGUCUGAUGCUGGACUUUCUCGAGGAGCAUAUGUCAAGAGGAAAAGAAUGGAUUUGGUCAACACUUGUUUGCAAAGUCAAAAUGCUACUGAAGCCCAAGCUGAAAGCUUACAAAAAGAUGAGAGUUUGAUACAAGACAUUAUUGAACCUCAAGGUUUAUCAAGAACUCAAGACAGAGAAACUAUUACCAACUCUAUCAUAACUGCAGAAAAAUCUGUGCAAGUAACAAUAAAAGAGAAUGUGCAUCAUAGGAGCAAAUCUGUGGAAACAAGAUGCCAGACUACAAGUAUUUCUACCUCACCAAUGAAAGUUUCUACAACACCUCGUUCCACUUCGCCCUUUAAGAUUAAACCAUGCAGUCUUCGACCAUCACAGUCUGAAAUUGUCAAAGCAGUCAAGAGAAAUGUUUUUCUUGAAGAUGAAAAGUCAGAUAGUGAUAUUUCCUGUAUUGAAAGUGGUCGUCAUUUAUCACCUUUUGUAACUAAAUCAGCAUCAUCAUCAUCAGGGCUUACCGACUCUGAUAGUAACGUUACAGAUGCCAAUGAGAAUAUUGAAAAAUUAGAGUGCCUCAAAAUUACUAUGCGUUCAAUCUCUAAAAACCAAUGAUGUAUGUUGGUAUUCCAAAAGAAUGUUAUUUCUUAAUCAAAUUGUUACAUAAACACACAAGCAUAAAAGUAGAACACAUUUUGCUAUGCUUGAAAAAGAUUAGAAUGAACAGUACAUUUUCUGAACUGGAGGAUAAUCUUGGAAUAUCAUUAUCUUAUGCUAGUAAAUUGUUUCU